AAUGACUACUCUCCUAAUUACUCCAACUUUAAAUUCAACUAAUCAAGUUGCUACCAGUUUUGCUCUUCAUUUACUGAAAGCUGGUCGAUCUACUAAUGAGAACAGACAACUCUUUGCUUUGGUUUCGCCUAAAGAUGGAACGAAGAUUUCAAAAUCACUGGAACCUUAUCUUGAGGGAGGUCAACUCAAUAUUUUGUUUGGCUCUGCUAAUUCUCAAAAGAUUGUUAAGAAAGUUGUCGAGGUUAAUGAGGUUUGUGAUUUAAGUUUGGGUAUUGUUCAGGGUCAAUAA